CGUAUGACAUAACGUAACGAACGAACGAGCGAAGUGACAGAUGAUGUGGCCUAUACUUUCUUAAAUUUUAUUAAAAAUUCAAUUAGUAAUUAUUUCUAUUAAAAAUAAAAUGCCAAAAUGAUUUUGUUUCAAGUUAUUUUAUUUUUAAUAUGUAUCUCUUUAUAUCAAUGUCGCUUACCUGAUAAAGUUUAUUGUGUUAAUCAAGAUUGUUCGUCCCCUAUAUCGAAAGCAAAAACACUAUUAAGCUAUAAUAGUGCUGAAAGUGGAUUUAUACCUUUCCGUGCUAACGCCGAUGCAUUAGUGUACAUGAAAUCAGCUGGUUCUGAUCCGGAACUAUGGUACGCGAAUAUAAACGGAAAAAAUGGUUUCGUUAAUCCACAGUUCUUAAGAGAGAGCAAAAUAUUCGUUAAGUCUUCAGAAUUACUUCACCUACCUCUAGAAAUAAGGAAAAAACAGCCUAAUGUCCAGCCAGACAAAGUGCAACAACCUCAUGAAGUUUUCGAAGGUACAACUAUAUAUACAACUGAAACUACUAUAAGCUCAGCACAUCAAGAUAGCACAACUGAAGCAUCUACUCAAAACAUACCAUCUUUACUGGAUGCAAAUCAAGUAACCUCAGAACCUGCGAAUAAUAUAAUUGAACAUAGUCCCAACUCAGUAGUGAAUGUAUUAACUAAUAGCCAGGAAACUGCACCAGAUAGUCCUGUGAAACAAGAAUCAUCACUCCAAUCCGAUCUUAGUAAUAUUGAAAAUGAAAAUAGUAAGUUAUUAACAAGUGAUACUUUACAAAGUUCAGGUGAAGUAAAUAAUGUUGGGAUUAACAGUGAAAUUGAAAAUGUAAAUGUACAAGAAAUAAAACAAGAACUUCCUAUUCAAAAUUCUCCAGAAGAAACGACUUUACCUCAAACCAUUUUAACAUCAGCUAGCAGUGAUUCUUCUAUUGUGGAUGUAGCUGAUAAAGUGGAUUUGUUGAAAAAUACACCUAAACCUACAACAGAUGACAAUGAACAAAAUACUUCAACACCUUUGCCUGUGAACAAUAUUGAAGAUAAACAACUACCUCUUGAUACCCCUAGUGAAACUAAUACUGUGCUUGACAAUAAUCAUAUAGAAAACCCAUUAAACUCAGAUAAAGUUGGUGAAACUCCAAAUACAGUCCAAUAUGAUAGCAAUUUUCAACAAGACUCAUCUGACAAAGUUGGUAAUAUUGAGAACAUAAAUGGUGGAUAUUUUGGUCUCCCACAAUCUGCUUCUUUAUCUAAUGUAGAUUCACCACCUGUUCCAAAUGUGGAGUCUUCAACUGUCUCAAUCAUGGAAUCACAGCCUAUUCCAAGUGUAGAAGCAACAACUGUAUCCAACUUGGAACCUCAACCUGAACUAAAUGUAGAAUCCACACAUCUCUCAAACUUGAAAUCACCGUCUGAUCCUAAUAUAGAAUCACCUCUUCCAAAUGUAGAAUCAACACUAGAUAAAAAUGCAGAAUUACCAUCUGUCCCAAAUGUAGAUGCUGAAUUGUCUACUGACAACAGUAAUGAUUUAACACAAAAUCUGGAGAAUGAACAUACACCAACAUCAAUUGAAACAUCUACAGAAGGAACAACAUUAACAGAAACACUUGAUCAAUUAUUUAGUGAUUCCACAACAGAGCCUUCAGUUUAUAGUAGUGAAGUUGCAAGUAAUGAUGAUUACAGUACUUCCACAGAACAAUCUCUGCCUUCAGAUGAAUCAUAUGAGUACAGCACCCCACCUCCUAGUGAAGAUACUACUGAAACUACCAUAUCUGAAUCCAAACAGGAUAUUUAUCCUGAAACAUCAACAGAAACAGUCACUCAAGAUAGUAACACUGAUGGUAUAUUUUCUAGUAUAUAUUCUACAAUAGUAGGUCUGUGGCAAUCUUCACCAGAAUCACCUCCAUUGGAAAGUAUUUAUAAUGAUGAUGCUUCACCUGCUUCAGAAAAGUUGGAGGCUGAUGAUGGGUUUUCUUUUAUGAAUUAUAUUGCAUCCAAAUACAAAUCCAUUAUGGGAACCAAUGAAAAUACUCGAGCUAUAUUUGCUUCAGUAGAAGACGCAUACUAUACGAAUGAAUAUUGUGAUGGUGCAAACAAUGAUCAGAAUAAUCGGCUAUUGACUUUCCUGCUCACAACUGCUACUUCUGUGUUACUAUUCACAUUGGGGUAUUACUACAUUGACAAUAAGAGGCAAGACAGUCAGCUGAUUGGCACUAUCAAUUCACUGCAGAGGGAUCUACUAUUUUCUACUAAGGAGGGUGAAAUACUGAAAGAAGAACUUUCAACAACCAAAACUAAACUUGCUGGUAUUGAAGACAAUUCCUUUGGUAUGGAUGACAUGGUACAGUCAUUGAAGGAAGAAAUUAAUGAAUUGAAAGCUCAAAAUGAACGACUUAGAAACUCCCUAGAUGACAAUGAAAAAUUGCUUAGAGUAUCUGAGAAUACUGCAGGGGAGUUACAAAGUACACUGGGUGAAGUUGAAAAUACGCUCAGUGAACUCUUAGCUGAGAGAACUAGUUCUGAAGAGCACAUAGCUGCAUUGAAUGGUAAAAUAGAGGCCUUUGAAGAAGAAUUGAUUACAAUCAGUCGAGAUAGAGAUAACUUCCAACUAAAAUAUGUAUCAGCUGAAGCUGCAUUAGAGGAAUCAAAGAAACAACAGAAACAAUUAGAAGAUUACACACAAAAACUAAAAGAAGCAAAUAACACCAUUGAAUUACAGAAACAUGAAAUAACAGCACUAAAAGAUGCUUUGAAAGAGUUACAAGGUAAAACAUCUGCCAAUAUUGAUAUUACAUCACUCAUAGAUCACACCGAAAUAAAAGCCAAGUUAGCCAAAGCUUUGUCAGAGAAAGAAAGCUUUGAAAACAAAUAUCAGAUUGAACAAAAGGAGCGUAACCGACUAGCUAAAGAACUAGAGACAACCCAACUAUCAUUGGUCACUACUAGUCAACAAGCUACAGAAGCUUCAACAAGGUUGGAAGUCCUUGGGAAGUACUUCCAAGAAAGAGAAAACGAACUAGUAAAAGAGCUCAGCAAUAAAGAAUCGCUUUGGCUCAGCAAGCAAGGUGAAUCGGCCAGCACAGUGGAAAAGAUAGAACUUUUACAACAAGAAGUGCAGAGGUUUAAGGAGAAAUGCGAUGCACUAACACUAGAGCUAGCGGAGCAGGAGUCGAUGCGCCGCACCGCCAUCGGCGAAGUGGAAGCCCGCGCCCACUCCGCGUGGCUGGAGGCGCGCGCCUCCCGCCGCGAGGCCGACGCGGCGCGGGACGACGCCGCGGCGCUGCGCCGCAAGCUGGCCGCGCUCUCCGCCGACGGCGCCUCCUCUCCGCACCACAAAGUGGCGUCUCCAUUGGAGAGUGACACAGUUGUGCCGCCCCCGUUGCCGAUUGCGUUCCUCCCUCCGCCGCUGCUGCCGCCGCUCCCCCGACCGCCGCCACUAGGAAGAUUGCCAUCACCACACCCGCCGCGAUACGGUGACAGGCGCUACUCGCCUGAAAGCCGCUACUCACCUGAGAGCCGCUACUCGCCAGAGAGCCGAUACUCGCCGGAUAGGGAACGUUAUUCACCUGGCAGCCGCUACUCGCCGCGCUCUCGCCGUUCACAAUACUCGCCACGGUCCAGGCGGCGAUCCAGAGACAGGUACGAUGAAGGUCGAGGUUCGCGAACACGCAAUGGACCACCCGACACCGAAACGGAAUACAACUCAGAUAGCCCUACGCGAAAUCCCCGCCGCCGUCGUAGAUAUUCUAGGCAUUCUGGUCCUAGUUCAGGAUCAGGAUGCUCCUUAGAAUCGGAUAAAUGAAAACAACAUCACAUGAUAUAGGUUCUUAAUAAUGCAAUAUAAUGAUCUAAAGUGUACAUUAGAAUUGAGGCCAAACUGUAAUUUAGUUGGUGUUAGAUAGCUUGUAAUAAUUUUAAUCAAAAUUUGAUUUAUGGUGCAAAAGUAGAUGACAGUAAAAUAUUGAAAAAUAAUAUAAAUCAUAUAAUGAUAAAAUAGUAACUUGUGCUCUGAACAGCACUUUAUACUUUGGCGUAUUAAAGAUUGUUUUCCAAAGCCUGGCCUGGCAUUCUCUGGCCCCUUAAAAAGACAUGUACUCUUAGACAUGUCUUUGCGGAUAGUUCUGGGGUGGAUACAUUCCCCACCCCCUUUAAUACGCCUAUGAUUGUAAGGUAGAGAGUAAGUCGUGACUGAAUAUAUUAUUUAUAUAUAAUAUAUAAAUAAUUACCUAAUAAUUUCGUAACAAACAUACGUAGGUGUACAUUUUAAUGUACAGCUAUUGUCAAUGUUGUAGUUAUAACUGUUCUUGUAUGUAUAAUAUUUAUUUCCAAUCAUCUUCAAUAUGUAUAGCUUAUGAAAUUAUAUAAUAACAAUAUUUUAAUUUAUUUUUUUAUUGUACUAUAUUCCUCAAUUCAUCCAUUUUUUUAUCCUUCAUUUUAUAUUUAAAGUGAAUUUAAUACUCCCUCAUAUUUUACUUAAAUAAAUAACUGUAAAAAGCAUAGUCUUACAAUUAUGUAAUCACUCCUUUCCUAAAUAAAGUAAAAAUUCAUAGUUACUUAUGCAUUCAGUUUGAGCGCCGAAACCUAUGUAGUUCUCCAGCCUUACUAAACUGCCGUACAAAAAUACUAAAAAUAUAAUAGCAUAUCUAACUAGAACCUAAUAAUUAAUACAUAAUCAUUACAAUCAGUGUUCAUUCUUAAAAACCCCGUAUAUGUCGCUAGAGCCCUUUGUUAAAACAAUAACAUAUAUUUCAUUUAUUUUAUUUUAUCUAAUUUAAUAAUUGUAUAUAUUUUAUAUUCGAAACAACUACAGGAAACCGUUUUAUUUAAAAAUGCAUUUAUAAUAAUACUUUGGAAUAAACCAAAGAACAAUAUAUUUUUUCUGCUCUACUCUUGUACCUGAUUAUUUUGUAUUAUUUAACAAUUUUCGCCGAUACAUAAAAAUCACUGUUCCUAUACAAUUACGCCUUUGAAUUGGAUAAAUUUAAUGACACAAAAUUAGAAGAUGUACUUAGUAUUAUAAUGCCAUUGAAUUUAUGACUUGUUGUAACAUAAACACUAUCAAAUAUAAUUGUAAAAUCAUGUCAAGAUCAAUCUGUCAGUUUAUGUUCAUUCUCUUCUGAUACAAAAUGUACUUAUUUAUUUAUGAAUAUUCUAGUAAGGCCACUUUCAAUUCUCCUCUGUUUUGUGACUAUUGAUAUUAUUAUAUACAUGUGAUUCUAUAAAUUAUAUUCAAUAGUGUGACAAGGCCUUAAUUAGUGAACUACAACAUAAGCAAUAAUAAUAGUAUUGAAUUUCACAAUUAUCUGUCAUUGAUUGCACUUUUUAAUUUAUUAAUUAUUUGUUAAUAGUCAUUUAAAUGUAAUAUAUUAGGUAUGAUUUCAAAUAAAUAAUUUUAUCUACAUUA